AAUAAUACCCCGGGUGUUGGAAGAAGAGGAGGGUUUUCACGUUUUAUUGAAGUAAAUCUUAGAACGUAGAGAGAGAGAAAGAAAGAAAGAAAGAAAGAAAGAAAGAAAGAAAUAAAGAAAGAGAGAAAAAGAUAGUUAACAUCUUCUUAUCCAAGUUAGAAGACAAGACAAGAAGAAAAAGGGUAAUUGGUUUUGUUUUGUUUGUUUUUUGUCUUCUCUCGCAUAUAAACGUUCAAGAAAAAGUUGCAAAUUUUUGUAACGUUUCGAGAGUUCUGUUUCCACCACACACCUGCGGUCAUGGCGAUGGUGGGAAUGAUAGAUUGCCGGUUUAUACUCUGCGUAUACUUCUUCGUCAUCGGUAGCGGUUGUCUUGCCAACGAUGCUGCUAACAUUGUCAGUAAAUGGGCAGAAGAUAUAGGUAAAGAUUUAUGGGAAUUGGCUAAUGCAGUAGCACGACCCGGAGAAUUAUUAACAAUCUACAGAAAAAUGAAUACCAAAGUACAAGACAAAUCUGGGGACGAAUUGGUCAGUAUAAUAAGCGAGAACGUUGGAAGAAUGUUGCGUAGAAAAAUGGAUGCUGUUACUUGCAUUCGCAUAGCAGCCGAGUCAAGUGGUGAAAAUAGUACUUCUGAGUCUGACGAUGAUGACGAUAAUAUUAAUAAUAAUACUAAUAAUAAUUUUACAUAUUAUUCGGGAAAAUAUAGUAAAGUAUUAAACGAAUCGUCGUUUAAGAUUCCUGAAAAUAUGUUAAAGAAUCAAGCGAUUUACAGAGAUAUGAUUUUAACAUCGGAUUCACAUUUCUAUAAUAUACCUGUAAAUACGAUGCAUUCGUCGGUACAUAUACCGACGAACGUUUACGAUCUAUCACCGACCGUAAAAAAGGUUAUAAAUAGAAUGGAAAUAUUAGACGAAACCUUCCGACAAAAUUACGAGUCGGAUCCUGCGUUAUCCUGGCAAUAUUUUGGUUCGGUCACAGGAAUGUUAAGAUAUUAUCCCGCGAUGCAAUGGAAAACUGGUAAUCUAGAAAUGGAUUCAAUUGACGAAGGUGUUGAUCUUUACGAUUGCAGAGUACGCAGUUGGUUUAUCGAAGCUGCAACUUGUAGCAAGGAUAUGGUCAUAUUAAUGGAUGCGAGUGGUAGCAUGACUGGAAUGGGAAUAACCAUAGCAAGGGCUACGGUAAUGUCGAUACUGGAUACCCUAUCGAACAACGAUUUGGUUACACUUUUAAGUUACAACAAUAAUACGGAAGAUAUGGUGCCCUGUUUCAAAGAUAUGCUUAUCCAAGCGACACCGGAGAACGUUGACACGUUUAAAAAAUCAAUGAAAGAAAUCAAAACCGAGGGUGUCGCCAAUUUAACCGAAGCCUUUACAAGAGCUUUUAGUUUGCUCAAAACUUAUCGAGAAACACGUGGUUGUAAUGCAGAUACACCGUGCAAUCAAUUGAUCAUGUUAGUUACCGAUGGAGUACCUGGUAAUUUAUCAGAGGUGUUUCAAACAUGGAAUUGGCAAGAUAAUAAUACACAUAUACCAGUACGCGUGUUUACUUACCUCUUGGGUAAAGAGGUCACGAAGGUACGCGAAAUCCAAUGGAUGGCCUGUCUUAAUCGUGGUUACUAUACCCACGUGCAUACACAAGAAGAAGUACGCGAACAGGUGCUCAAGUAUAUACCCGUUGUCGCACGACCUUUAGUUCUUCAAGAUGUGAAGCACCCGGUCGUGUGGACGCACACUUAUGCUGAUAGCACGAAUCCAGCACUUGCCACGUGGCUAUGGGAAGUGAUGAAGCACGAGAAGCAAAAGUCCCGUCUCGAGAAGUACCUCAAGGGAAAACGUCUGGGAGUGCGAAUAAACGAGGAUGCCAUCUACAUAAAGAAGUUGCAUAAAAGUGAAGACGUGAGAAGGGAUCCGGCCAGUUUGAACACAACAUCAUGGCAAGAGUACAGAUUGCUAACGUCCGUUAGCACGCCGGUAUUCGAUCGGAAAGGAAAUCGCGACAAUAGAACCAGAAAAGCUAAUUUACUUGGUAUAGCGGGUACCGACGUUCCCAUAGAUGAUAUUAGGAAACUAACUUUGCCCUACAAACUUGGCGUAAAUGGUUACGCAUUUAUAGUAUCGAACAACGGUUACGUUAUAUUACAUCCUGAUUUAAGACCGGUACACAAAGGAAGACUCAAAUUGAAUUACAAUAGCGUUGAUCUAACCGAAGUUGAAAUUCUUGACGAUGGUCGUGGUCCAAGGAAUCCUGGACCAGAAAUAUUGGCACUACGUUCGGCAUUGGUUGAUCACAAACGCGGCAACAUGAGAGACGUACCGGUUAAACUUCACUACGAUGAUUAUCGUCGCGUGACUUUGGAAAGACGUGACUAUUUUUAUGCACCGUUACCUGGUACACCAUUUGGUCUUGCGGUUGCAUUGCCCAAUUAUGGUACUACUUGGAUCAAAGUAGGAGACGAAAUUCUAAGGAACCAAGAGAAAGGAAUAAACAAUGGUGAUUUUUUCGUUGGCAAUUAUUGGCGCGUACAUCCUGGCUGGGUUUAUUGUCGCUUUCAUUAUUUGGAGGGUCACGAAUUUGACACGCCGGAAGACGAGUUACGUCACUUUUUAGGACUGUUAGAUAAACCGGAAUGGCGAUGGUCCGACCAAUACGAGGCUUAUCCCAUAUCUGAUAACGUUUCGCUCGACGAUGACCCAGAAUGCGGCAGACAAACCUUGUUCCACGACGAUUAUUAUUGUAAUAAAGAACUCAUGCAAUUGUUGAUAUUCGAUGCAAAAGCUACGAACAAUAGUUUUGCCGGUGAUUACGUAGUCGAUGAUCCAGUUGUUAGACAAUUGGCAGAAACUUAUAAAAUAUUUCUAAGAUUCGUUGCUACGCAAAGCGGGCUUACCAGGUGGCAUCAUUUGGUAACCAAAGAAUUGCCAGAUGAAGACGAUGGCAUUGAAUUUGGUGAUCUUCACAGAAGAGCCGUCAACGAGCCAUGGUACAAGGGUGCCAUUUUUCAAAAUAAUUUGGACCCUGAUAGUAUUUCCAUAUCAGUUCCAUGGGAAGCUAAGGAAGAUGCUAUAGUAACAGCAUCAAUGGGUAUAUUUCCACAAUACGGUGGAAAAAAAGCGCCAGCAGCGGUGAUAGGUUUUCAAAUGACGAUGGAAGGUUUGUACCAAAAGUUCGUCGAAUUAACGUCGGACAAUAACGAAUUGAAAAUGAGUUGCAAUCAAACGUGGAUAGAUUGUUAUUUGUUGGAUCAAAAUGGUUUUAUAAUUAUAUCGGAAGCUUACAAUGAUACCGGUGAGUUUAUGGGGACUCAGGAAGGUGCGGUUAUGCAUUCUAUGGUUCAACAAGGUAUCUUCAAUGCCGUCGAUAUCUACGAUUACCAAGCUUGGUGCGAAGAAGUGUGUACAGAAGGUGGAGCAAACAUUCCAACGAAUCCGUUAACUUAUCUGUGGAAACUAUUGCUCUGGUUUCUAUCGAGAGUGACGUGUUUUACGACCCAGUUCGUAAACUUGCCUCUUGCCUACGCUAAAGUUCACCCAGACGAAGAUGCACCGGAUCCACCACCUCCAGCACGCCCCUAUCUCUAUCACUAUCCGUGUGAUCAAAAGAGAACGUUGUAUAUGAUGAAUGAAACUGUGGCUGCCAAAGUUGUUAGAAAUAAUCCUGAACAUUGUUCGAAACCGUACUACGCGCAACGAGUUCCUCAUACGAAUCUAUUGUUCCUAGUUGUCGACAGUAUGUACCCAACUUGUUACGAAAGACUCCGAGUAACUCCCGUUACUAUUUCACCAUUCGAAUAUACUAAUGGUUUGGAGGAUAGACCUUGUCAUAAAAUUCCAUUGAACGAUCUGAAAAGAAGACGACUCGAGGGUUGCUUUACUGAACAUCCAUUAGAACACGAGAUCGAAGCUUGUGGAAGGGGAUCGGUAAAUAAUAUUUCCGGGUUACUUAUAUUUCUUGUUAUAUUAAAAACGAUAUGUGUAAAUUCAAAUAUUUGAUUUAAUCAAUUUUUAACAAAAAUAUCAUCGUUCGAUCAUAAUAA